AUGGGAAACACCAUAGGAAAAAGCAAAAAAGCAAAGAUUAUGAAGAUAGAUGGAGAAACCUUCAAAGUGAAAACUCCAACCACGUCAAACGACGUCGUCAAAGACUAUCCCAACCACGUCCUCCUCGAUUCUCAAGCGGUAAAACACUUCGGGCUUCGGGCCAAACCAUUAGAGCCCAACCAAGAACUAAAGCCCAGGAAAAUCUACUUCCUCGUAGAUUUACCUAAAAUUAAGCCCGAGGAAGAUAAACCGUCACUACCGCGAAGAGCGCGAUCCAGUGGAAUACGGAACAUGAAUGCUAAGGAUAGACUCGAGUUGUUAAUGCUAUCAAAACGCUCCGUUUCGGAUAUUUCGUCGGUGAAACCGGGUUUGGGCUUAGAUGGGCCCGUGAGGUUGAAGAUGAGGCUUCCUAAAGCCCAGUUGGAGAAGUUGAUGGAAGAGAGUAAUGAUAAGGCUGAGGUGGCGGAGAAGAUUAUGAGUUUGUAUAUGGAAAAGAGUGGUGGCGGUGGUGGUGGUGGUGGUGGUGAUGACGCGGUGGAGCAUGACGGUGUCGUUUUGAGUCAAAAUCGUAAGCCACGUGGGAAAAAAGUGAGUUUUAGCCCAAUGGAAAUUGAAGAAAGUCACGUAGAAGCAGCUUCUCAAUAG